AUGGCGCCAAGCUUUGGUCGGGGAGGUCGACACACUGCUCAUCGCAACGCUCGAGACGAAGAGCCUUGUCACAUCUCGUCUGCUAAUAACACUCAGCUUAGUCGUCAAGCUCAUCAUACACCCAGUGUACGCGAGGGCGACCGGGCCAGGCAGACACAGCGCAAGCGUAACAAUCGAGACCGCCGCAACAAGUUGAAAGUGCCGCGUAGUCCGAGCCCAACGGUGCGCCGUAGUCGUCUCAUAGAUCGUAUGACGUACAGCCACACCAGUGAAGCCCGAGAUCCCACUAGCGACAGUCACGCUACAAGCUCACUUUCUCGAUCUCAGCAGGGUCGCAGCUAUCAGAGACCUGACGCAAACAUCCACAGCAAUGGCUUCACCGGAGAUGGCAAGCAAGGCAAAGCCUCUUACACUUACAAGGACUCCAGCGACAUUACUGGCAUGGAGGUUGACGUUUUCGCUGAUCUCUUCGGCCCUGGACCUCCUCCACCACGCCCGCCUCGACCGUUGGUAAACGACAAGUCUGUACAGUAUGGUUCUAAUUAUAACAGUUCUGCUCGUAUCAACUCUGAUUGUGACUUGACCUUCAACCUGGAUCAGCUCCCUCUUCAUUCUGUCCAGCCAGCGACCAGGCGUGAGCCGAUCCGCAUGAUCAAUACGGUUACUUCACACGAGUCCAACGUCAGUCUCCCGACAUCUGAGCCUGCGUCUGAUGUGCAUUCCACAUCACCACUCAAAACUCCUGAGUCGAAGAAGCAUCCAUUCAAUCCGUACAAAGGCAGAAACUUUGUCAUGAGGCGUGUGCAGAACAAGAGGUUACAAAACCUUCUGCUAGACAAGCCUAUGCCAAAGCCGAGGAAGAACUUGGAACGUAUGGUGCUCAAGUGCACGGGAAAACAGGAGUUCCGCUGAUCUGACAUCCAUCUGCGGUCGAUGGUGUUCGUAUUACGAGCGAGCACGAUUGUCAACAUUCAAGUUCUAACCCUACCGAUGUGGAAAAGCGAGUGCGUCUGAGACUCAGAUUGACUUGACUGUUGCGAAAUCUGCGAGCGAGGCGCUACAUCGUUUUGAUUACGGAGGGAACACCAUGAGCUUAGUGGAACACAGGGUCUUGGUGACGUAGGAUUUGGAGAUCGGACAUGCUUGUUUGAAUAAACAGGGCCUGCUACUUUGAGUUGUGGACACACAUGUUCGGUAUCAGAGAAUCGUAAAAGCAGACGGACGGG